UUUGUCACAUCCACUGUAGAAAAGAAACACGGAUCUUUCACAUUUGCUAGUAUCUAGUCUAAAUUAAUGAUAGGCCAACGCGAGACAGGUACUUGUUUAUCCAAAGCGCAUGCUGGGAGUUGCAGUUUGUCACGUCACAAUGACAUAACAAUCACCAUCUCUGACAUCUUAUCAAUUUUCCCACCAGCCCGUUUCAAGUCAUCUAAUAGGAGGAGCGUCCACCGCCUUCCUGGCUUCUCAUGUCUCUUCAACUCAUAGAGUAGGGAAGAUGGAUUUUACCAUCCACAUGCAUUCACUGAGAUCAGCUGAUUGUUUCUCAGCGCUAAAUGACUGCAGCAUUGAUAAUGGAUUAUUAUAUAGAGUUAUCACAGGUUAUGUUAUUAUCUGGCUCAGAAAAAAAUAAAACCUGUUAAUCAGUGAAUUUUAUAGCAGCUCAAAGGCUGAAAUCUGGACAUUGGACUAAGACACACCUCAGCUGGACCAGAACUAAAGCAGGAAGCAGUUUGUGCUCGUUGUUCCCUGCAGAGAGACUCUUAGACGAUCCGAUUCACCUUCAGACCAAACCAGCAGCUUCCUCUGAGUCCAGGAGAGAAAAGAGGAAACCUCCAACCCUGAAGCUUCACUCAGAGACUAAAUGGCUUCCAGAUCAGAGGAGGAUCUCUGCUGUCCGGUCUGCAAGGACAUCUUUCAGGAUCCAGUUGUUCUGUUGUGUAGCCACAGCUUCUGUAAGGAGUGUCUGAAGACCUGGUGGAGAGAGAAACCAGCACAAGAGUGUCCAGUUUGUAAGGGAAGAUCAUUCACUAAAGAUCCACCCUGUAACCGGGUUCUAAAGAACCUGUGUGAGACCUUCCUACAGCAGAGAGACCAGAGAGCUUCAGAGGAUCUCUGCAGUCUGCACUCUGAGAAACUCAAACUCUUCUGUCUGGACCAUCAGCAGCCAGUGUGCUCCAUCUGCAGAGAUUCAGAGAAACACACCAAGCACAGAUUCAGACCCAUCGAUGAAGCUGCUCAGCAACACAAGAAGAACCUUCAGGAAACUCUGGAACCUUUAAAGAAGAACCUGGAGCUCAGGAAGAAAGUUCUAGAGGAGUUUGAUCAGACAGCAGAACACAUGAAGGUCCAGGCCCGACACACAGAGAGGCUGAUUAAGGAGCAGUUUAAGAAGCUUCAUCAGUUUCUAGCAGAGGAAGAGGAGGCCAGGCUGGCUGCACUGAGGGAGGAAGAGGAGCAGAAGAGUGGGAUGAUGAAGGAGAAGAUGGAGGCUCUGAGCAGAGAGAUAGCAGCUCUUUCAGACACAGUCAGAGCCACAGAGGAGGAGCUGAGAGCUGAAGACGUCUCAUUCCUGCACAACUACAAGGCUGCAGUGGAAAGAGUCCAGCGCUGCCCCCUGCUGGAGGAUCCACAGCUGCCCUCAGGAGCUCUGAUAGACCAGGCCAAACAUCUGGGCAACCUGGCCUUCAACAUCUGGAGCAACAUGGAGAACAUGGUCUCCUACACUCCUCUCAUCCUGGACCCAAACACUGCUGGUUCAGAACUCAUCCUGUCUGAAGAUCUGACCAGUUUGACUUUUGGAGAGAAACAGCAGCUUCCUGAUAAUCCAGAGAGGUUUGGGUCAGGGUGUUCUGUCCUUAGUUCUGAGGGCUUCAACUCAGGGAACCACAGCUGGGAUGUUGAUGUUGGAGACAGUGAAGUCUGGAUGUUGGGUGUGAUACCAGAGUCUGUCCAGAGGAAGAGAAUCAUAAAGUCUGGAAGGUUGGUUAUAGGGUUGUAUAAAGGUAAAUACUCAGCACUGUUUCCUCCAUCUCCUCCCAUGGAUCUCUCAGUCCAGAAGAAGCUCCAGAGGAUCAGAGUUAAUCUGGACUCGGACAGAGGAAAGCUGUCCUUCUCUGAUCUGGACACUAAGAAACACAUACACACCUUCACACACACCUUCACUGACAAGAUUUUUCCAUACUUCUACACUCUGGAUAAAGUAAAAAUCCUAACGAUGAAGAUCUCAGUGAGCAAACAGCAGCUCUGAUGUUCUCAGCAUGAAGAACACAAAGUCCAAAGGAAACCUUGAUGAUCUGAUUGAAACUCAGUGAUUUUUUUUAGAUGUCCUGUGUGGCAGUUUAGCACUUAGAAUUGCUGUCUUAUGCCAAAGAGUAGGUCCAGGUGUGCUGAUCAUGAACAGGUAACAGGUGAGGUUAGUGGAGACAUGAGGACUGAAGUUAGAGCUCUGCUGAGGGAACCAACCUGAGACCCAAACAUCCAGCCUGAAGAACGCUGCAGCAGAAAACUCAGAGGGUUUUCAUGUUUAGUUCAGGAACAACUCCGCAGAUUUAACCUCAACAGAGGGAAGCAGGGUUAGUUGAAGAUUGGGACUCUUUAAAGCAUCGUUUUUAAGCACUUUCAACAAUUGCUGGCUAUAUAUCUGCCUCUGUCCAGUUCUGUCAAGGUCCCAGCAAAGAUUUUCCAUUAGGUUGAGGCCGGAGUUUGACUGAGCCGAUAAAACACCUUGGUUCUUUUCACUCAAGGACACACUGGAUUGAAUCCUCCACCAGAGACUCCUCUUCUAGCAGACUGUUGGAUGCUUUAAUAUGUGCUUGAUGGCACAACAUCUGCCAUCCGGUGCCUUCUUGCAAAUCAAACCAUU